AUGCAGUCUGUCCCGGAGUCCCGCACACAGACCUUCGAGGAGAUCUACGGACCUCCAGAGAACUUCCUGGAGAUCGAAGUCCGCAAUCCUCAAACACAUGGCACAUCACGGAAUAUGUACACCUCCUAUGAAAUCGUCUGCCGCACCAAUAUCCCCGCCUUCAAACUGAAACACUCCAUCGUACGCCGCCGCUACUCCGACUUCGAGUACUUCCGCGAUAUCCUCGAGCGCGAGAGCACGCGCGUCACGAUCCCCCCCCACUGCCGGGCAAGGUCUUCACGAACCGUUUCAGCGACGACGUCAUUGAACAUCGCCGGGAGGGACUUCAGCGAUCCGAAUUGGGACCGGAAUGCAUGGUAG